CAGUUCCGCUGCCCUGCCAACGUCCCUGGGGUGUAAAUAAUGUGAUUGCGCGGAACGACAGUAACAAAGAGACAAGCAGGAGAAUACCAGACUCAUAGAUGCAAAAACACCGCGGCUAUAAUAUCGGACAGGUCAUUGACUCAAGAGUCUUCCGGACAACGACAACGAUAAAUACGGACCGACUGUCUGGACGGCGUGUUGUAACCAGCACAACAACACACACCGACUAGCCUGAAGACACCGAUAAUGCAGGCACAGUCAUACAAACCAACCUUCAACUCCCCUCGUUCCUCCCCUUUCCGCCGUCCAGCCUCACCAGGAUCACCCACCGUCGUUACCAACCGACCCAAUACACCACCAACGAACCGAAGCGGCGCCUCACCAAUGAAUUCCCCAUCCAAGCUGAAACACGCCUACACGGUGUCCGAAGAAGAGGAAGAAGACAUAAUCAUAUCUACACCCUCUAGACCCGAGCCCGGUUCAUCCUUUCGGCGUGCGCAAACCGAACCACCACCAUCCCCCACAAGCCACCGACUGUCCUCCCCAACCAGACCCUCCAACACAAUGGCACCGGCAUCAAGAGAACCACGACGCCUGGUCUCCAACGGCCUAUCCUCAAACGACAACCUCUCCAAACUCCCACCCCAACUCCUUCAUAACAUGCGCGAGUCCUUCUCUGUCCUGGACUCAAACUCCAACGGCACCAUUGACGCUGCCUCGGUCGCCGAAACACUUCAAUCGCUAGGCCUCCAAGAAAGCAACCUCACUCAAUUCUUCCCACCAGGUCAGGCCCAACAGCUUUCCCUUCCGCAGUACCUAAACCAACUCGCCAACAUCCUCGUCGGCCUGUCCCCACAACAAGAGCUACUUAACGCCUUUUCCGCCUUUGACGACGACGACAGCGGUCAAAUCGACAUCGCGGAACUACGCUCCGCCCUGCUCAAUACGGCCCCCGACCCAGGCGAGCGGUCUCUGUCCCAGAAAGACAUCGAUCGCGCUAUGGAGGGGUUCACUGGCCGCCGGAUCCUGGGCAAGAACGUGAUCGGUAUAGCUGGCGUACGUGGUCUGAACACACCCGCCCCCAAGAAAGGAGGAGACGUGUUCCGAUACCAGGAAUUCGUGGCGAAUCUGACGGGCGGGCCUGCAACGGAAGCAGCUCAGGCUCAGGGCGUGCCGGCGCGGUAGUAGGGCUGUUGAGGUGGUUAACUUUCGAAACGAAUGAAGAAUCCAGGUCGGAGUGACUUCCUGGGUUUUCUAACGACAAUAAGCAUGUUUGUACAAUCACAUCUGGUGGGCGGGCGUUUCUCUUACUUCUAUAAAAAAUGAGAAUGAACUUGAUAAUAUAGAU